AUGCUAAAAGAUUGCACUGAGUUUGCAAAAGGGUGUCAAGAGUGCCAGAAAUAUUUAGGUAUUCAACAUGUGCCAGCAAGUGAGUUACAUAAAAUAAUUAAGCCUUGGCCUUUUCGAGGAUGGGCUUUAGAUUUAAUAUGGGAAAUUAGAUCUGCUUCGUCUAAACAACAGAAGUACAUCUUAGUGGGGAUAGAUUAUUUCACCAAAUGGAUAGAGGCAAUCCCAUUAGUCAAUGUUGGUCAGGAAACUGCUAAUGGUCAGGUCGAGGCAGCUAAUAAAGUAAUUAUAAACUUGAUAAAAAAACAUGUGGGAAGAAAACCAAAGAAUUGGCAUCAAACGCUCAACCAUAUUUUGUGGGCAUGUGGAACCUCCCCAAAAGAAGCAACAAAUACUACUCCGUUUCGUCUAACCUUUGGGCAUGAUGUUGUGUUUCCUGUAGAAGUUCAUCUACAAUCAACCAAAAUUCAAAGACAGAAUAACAUCCCCAUGAAUCAAUAUUGGAAUAUGAUGUUGGAUGAAUUGUGGGAUCUAGACGAAGAAAGAUUAACAGCCUUGGAUAGGUUAGUUAAACAAAAGCAAAAGGUGGCAAAAGCUUAUAAUAAAAAAGUAAGGUUGAAAACAUUUGCAAUAAAUGAUUACGUAUGUAAAGUUAUUUUACCUAUGGAUAAAAAAGAUAAAUCAUUAGGUAAAUGGUCACCAAGUUGGGAAGAACCAUUUAAAAUUGUGCAAAGUUUUACGAAUAAUGCUUAUGAGAUUGAAGAGUUAAGAAUGGAUCAACGAAUCCUAAGGGUAAAUGGGAAAUAUUUGAAAAGAUCUAAACCAAUACUUCAGGUAAUUCGUAUAACAGAAACAUAA